ACGUUCAACACAGAUUCAUAUACCUAAUAGUGCAUUUAAAGCGGAUAUUCAGAGCCAUUGCCAUCCCAACCUAAUUGGAUAUUAUGAAGAACGUUAGUGGGAGCAUUAUUCCCAAUUGAAAUAAUAGAGAAACAGAUAAUGAAAAUGUAGAUUCAUGGAUAGGAGUAAAGAGGUACGUAGAGGGAGAGAGAGAGGCGCAGGAGACGAGAAAGCUGGAAAAUGUCAAAAUCAAACCGAAGCUAGAGGUCGAGGAGCUUGCAAACGAACAGUAUGUAAAGGAUUUCUCUAUUACUCUUCUGCUCUUAAAUCUAACGGCAACAAUCCUCGAUGCAUCGGCAUCCCUCAUACUGUUCAUAGAGUUCCCAGUGACUUUAUCAAACGUUAUGAGAUUAUAUCUUCUAAAAGGGGAUUGGGUCCUAAGGAUUUUUAUUAUGCUUGUGCUGGGAACUCGGUAUAUCUCAUUAAAGAUCAGUCUAUGGAUAAGCAAGUGACAACAUCUCAACUGCCACUUUGUCUUGGCCUUGAGUUUAUUGCGGACAAAAGGACUGCAGUUUUAUUGGAUCAGAGAAAAAGAGUUCAUAUUGCUGAUAGUGCAUCUGCUCCCGCUCGUGGUCAUGGUAAAGAAGUAGAUUGUCACAUCUGCUUUUGAUGAAUGACAGCAGGAGACACAGCAACAGUUAGCUUCUGUGCUUAUGUGCUGGGACAUUCUGUUUGACAUAUAUAAAUAUAAAUGUGGAUAGAUAUAUGUUGGGCUUAUAUAUGAUGUGUACAUUUAAUGUCUUUGUAAUGUGAUGGAAAGAUAUUCGGUGGGGCGUUCUCCCCUGUAAAUCUCAGAAUGAGGUCUCUUAUUGUCAUUUUGCUACUAUCCAUGCAAUGACAAUGUCCAAACCAGCUAAGGAUCCGAUCAAUUUCUUUAGAAAUACUCUUUAACAGAUGAAUAGGUACUCAGCAGAUUCUCUCUCUCUCCUCCACCCUCCUCUUUAAGAAAGUAUGUCCCUGUAAGUAUAUAGUCAAGCACAGAAAUUAGUUUAAGCAUAUUCCAGUAGAUAUCAACUCCAAACAUGGCUCCGAUGUCCGGACUAGAAGGUUACACAUUAAAGGCAGUUCAUUGCAAAAUUACAAAAGUUGGAACUAUUCAUUGAUUUCUCUGCUUAGGGAUGAUAAAAAAUUCUGAAUUUUAACACUUUUUGCAGUUUUAGCCAAUUGUUUUAAUUUUAUCAUUAAAUUGAACUUAUUUUGUCAUUACGAUUGUGGCUUCUAUUGGAUUUCUAUACAAAAUUGCUGACAAUGCUGUUAAGCAUAAAGGGAUGGGUACUUUUGUCAUGUGGCAUCAUUCUGCUAGCUCAGUUUCACUCCUUUUUUUUCUUUAAACUUCAAAAAUUUAUAGUACAUAAAAUCUAAGUUUCUCCUAAAAAUUAAAGUAUUUUUUCUAAGAAAAGUGUUUACUAUUUUAUUUAUAAUUUUUGGACUUAUGUUUUAUUUGUUAUAAUAUUUUCUGUUUAAAAAUAAAAGAUUCAAAAUGAUCUAUUGGCAUGAUGUCACAUGGCAACCCACCAUGUAAAUCCAUGAUUGCAAUGACAAAGUAAGCGUAGGCACCUUUCCAAAAAAAAAAA